AUGUCGAAUUCAAAUCAAAUGGAAAUUGAUGGUAAAAUUACUCAUAGUUGUGAAAAAACAAUCAUAUUAAAUAUUGGUGGUAUCAAGUAUGAAACAUUUGCAUCGACUUUAACAGCACAUCCAACUACAUAUCUUGGAAACUUAUUUGAGAUUCAUCGAUCAUCAUUAAAUGCAACUAAGGGAAAUGAAUAUUUCUUUGAUCGAAAUGGGUACGCCUUUAGAUAUAUUUUAGAAUGGUAUCGUACUGGGAAAAUAUUAUUAUCAAUAGGAACUGAUGAUUCCAAAAAAGCAUAUAUCACAAGGGAAGAAUUAAUGGAAGAACUUGAAUAUUUUCAAAUUCCAAUGGAAAAUUUGAAGGAUCGUUAUGACAAAAACUUUAUUAAUAACGCUACUUUAAUUCAUCGGUUGGCAGCAGAGAAAGUUGAUGAAUUUAUUUCGGCCUUGGAGGAGUUAAUACGUGAAGCCAUGAGUCAAUUUUUAAGUUUUAUAGAAUUAAGAUUUUAUAAAAAGAAUAGAUAUAUGAAAGAAUUUUGGGCUAAAAGCGAAUCCAUUGGAGUUGCAUGUUUAUCUAAAAUCAUGAAACCUUUCAGUGAUGUUGCAUUUUCUAUUUUAAAAAAAUUUGGCAAAGAAAUUGGUGAUUAUCUUGAGAAGAAUAUCGUUGGGAUUGCCUGGAAAUACGAAAUCUGUGAUUCUGGCGAUAAAGAAUUUUGUACUAUUAAUAUAACUAUACAAGAUGAAUAUUCGAAACCUGCUAUUCUUUCUUAUACAAGAUUAGCUAAAAAAUAA